AACAACAUUGAACAGCAGCGGCAGCAGCGUGACCUCAUCAGCCACCACCCCUUCAUCUAGAACACUAUGACACUUACCCAUGCUGCAAGUAAACAUACAACGUAAAUGCCAAAAGCAAGUACAGCCAUGGCUCGUGUAUUCCUUCUGAAUAUGGAGUUCCCCAUCCUUGGUGUACUUCUUCCAUCGCUUGCGUCUGUGUACUGUACAUAUGCACGACAGAGGACCCAUCUGCCAUCUUGCAUCCAUCUCCACCAAUCCACACCCACAGACCCAUAAGAUGCCCCCACUACACAAAACAGGUAUUCUUAGCUCUCAACUAGCCACAAGCACGUGGUCUAGCCUUCUCCGCCAUCAAUUAAUUCCCUCUCUCACUCGUGCUUUGCAAUACGCAAACUAGAAAUGUAAAACACUGGCGACAACGCCCAUGUGUCUUCGCCGCGCGCCUCCCCCUAACUAACUGAGACCUACCCUAACUAAGUCCUCUUCCCCACUGUAAAUCCGGAUAAGAGGAUGCAGAAGAUUGGAAAUCGGUAUUCGCGUGCGUGUUGUUAGAGCAUGGAAAUCCGUAAGCUUGAGCCGGGCCAAUGGUAAACCGUUGCGCUUGUAUCCCUUGUUUACGUGCAUCUUUUGGUGUUGCAAUGUGGGAUGUUGAGCGUAAUGAGCAUCCGAGUCGGAGUUCAGAGACAUCUGUCUGGAUGUUGAAGCACACAAGAUCAAGUUCCGUCUCGAGCCUUCGUCGGACUCUACACUCUAACAUUUAUAAUGUAUUAUUGUCCGCAACCUACUUUCUAGCCUUCAAAUGUUCAAAUGCUGCUUCCGCGUGUCUAUAGUCACGUGCUGUCGCGUGGACGUGCCUCGCGCUUGCCGUUGAUUUUCCCCGCCUCGGCACGUCGUCUACAAUCCCAACAUUUGAACUCAAGCAACGGCUUUUGACUACAACAACAUUUGACCCAACCUGUGUUUACGCCUUGCUUUCCCUUGUUACCAGUAUCGACACGGAAGAGAUCCUCGAUUCCCACCCCAUUCCUCUCUUCGUGCAUUUCAGUCCACCACUGUGACAACACGACAUGAGCAAUCAACACGACAUGAGCGAUGAACAGGACAUGAGCGAUGAGCACUACAUGAGCGAUGAACACGAGAGGGACUAUGAGCACGACAGGAGCGAUCAGCACGCCGAGUCGUCCAGGUCUCGGGAUUAUAACGACACCCAUCGUGCCCUAACGCAGGUUUUCUGGGCGAAUUCUGUCAUGACCUUUGACGAGCUGAAACCCGUUAUCGCGGGUAUAAUGACGGCGUACGAUCCUGAACGCGAGACGCUUGCCAACGAUAUAACCCUGCAAACUGUGACCUCGAUGAUACAAGCAAUAAACGCAAGAAUCGGCAUGUUUGACUUUGAGAUACGAUCCAUGCGUGAUCAAGUCGAUCGUGAGCUGACAUACGCCCUGAUAAACCUGACAUCGGACUUUGUAUCGCGGAAGGCGACGUCCUUCAAACCGGACGAAAUCGCUUAUGUCUUGCGUUUAUUCGAUUUCAUGUUUGUGACAAACAAUACCAUGAUGCGAGAAGUUAUGGCAAUCAAGGGGUUGCAGGCCGCACAGCUGGCAACGGCACCGGAGCAGGAACAGGAAAGUCAGAGCUCUGGGGAGACUCAGGAAGCUGAAGAGACUCAGGAUGAUGAAGAGACUCAGGAUGACGAAGAGACUCAGGAUGACGAAGAGACUCAGGAUGAUGAAGAGACUCAGGAUGAUGAAGAAGUUCAGGAUGCUGGAGAGGGUCCGGCUACAGGAAAGAGGAAGGCUACAGGAAAGAGAAAGAGCAAGGGAAAGAGCAAGGCUGCAAGAAAGAGAAAGAGAAAGGCUGCAAGAAAGAGCAAGGCUGCUGGAAAGAGGAAGGCCGCUGAACCGAGCGAGGUCGCUGAGUCGAGCAAGGCUGCAGGAAAGAGGAAAGCCGUUGAACCGAGCGAGGCCGCUGAAUCGAGCAAGGCCGCCGGAAAGAGGAAGGCUGACGAGGACUUCGGAGAGAGCGAGACAUCUGGGGAUGAAGGUUCUGAUGAAGAUUCUGAUGAAGAUUCUGAUGAAGGUUCUGAUGAAGGUUCUGAGGAGGGGCGCAAAGACACUCCGGGAGUGAUCAAAAGCCUAAACCCCCUAAAGGCUGAAGAGGUACUGGGAAAGUUGGUGAGACAAGGCUUCUUCCAAAGGUCACAGACAGGAUACUAUUCUCUGGCGCCACGUGCGCUUAUGGAACUUCGUUCGUUUCUCAAACAGAGAUACAAUUAUGCCGAGGAGGAAACCGAGAAUGGCGAGCCAGUGAUCAGGAUAAAAGACUGUGAAGGCUGUAGGGAGAUCAUCACGACGGGGCUGAGGUGUGACAACAAAGAAUGCGGCGUAAGGUGGCACGCGUACUGCGCCAUACAAUAUUUCCAAAAUCAACCGGGAACUAGAAGCCAGUGUCCUAGAUGCAAGGCCGACUGGGAAGGCGAGACCCACGUCGGUGAACUGGCUGAUCAGGUGCUUGGGAAGAGACGGACACUCGAGGCAGCACGAAGUUUGAUGUCGGGGGUUGAGGAUCUCGAGUUGGGGGAUGAGGAUGACGAGUGA